AUGCGUGAGUACAGCCAGACGAAGCCAUCGGUUUACUUCGGCACAACUAAUCCAUCAUCGUAUCUAGUUCUGUUCCUAAACGAGGCGAGACGGAGAUGGAUAACCAGCAACGACCGUAUGAAAGGUUUCCCCGUAUACAUCCCACCUGCUGAGGUGCGGCGUCUUUGCCUACAGCUUCUUAAACAGUACGCCAGUGGGGAUGUACCAGGAGAUUUUUAUUUACGCCACGUCGUUCUCUCAGUGGACAACAGCGGAAAACACAGCCUCGAGUGCUUUGGCUCAUCAAAGUACCUGCUUGAUUGCACGGAAGAAGCUCCGGGACCGGCGUACGAGCUCAAGGGUCUACUGGAACUUCCCCUCUGCCUGGCGUCUCAGUACUGCCAGAAUGACGUCUUUGACUGGCAGCAAAAUCCUAUUCCUUGGGAGAAGCGAAGGGUGCUGGACCCUGAUUAUCUCGCGAGAGUAAUUGAUCACAUGCAGCGAAAUCGCUUUCUGACAGUGGACUAA